AUGCCAUGCUUGCGCUCAUUUGCCACGACAAGCUCGUCUAACAUUGUUUCGUCGAUACCAUUCAUCACCCGAAGUUACUGGAGUAAUCGAGGUAGAGGUGGACAAAAUCUUACUGAACGCUACCGCAGGCUAGAAAAUACUGCUCGGGGGAGAAAUCCGAUCAUGAAGAUAUCUGAGCUUUCCCAGGAGUUCGAGGAUGCAUCAAAGGCCAGGUCGCUUCCAUUGCCAUCCUCCUCGCACCCCGGUGCGAAAAACGCUCCAGACACGAUCGCGGGCUUUAUGAUCCCCGAAGAACCUAUACCGCCAUCAGAUGAAGAAUGUUGCAUGUCAGGAUGUGCAAUUUGUGUCUAUGACCUUUAUGAGGAAUCUCUGGAAGCUUACAAAGAGUCGAUUGUGACCUUGCGCUCGUCGCUUUCCGCUCUUUCAAUACCAGAAUCUGAGUGGCCAGACCACGUUCGAACCAAUACACCAGCUGCAGCAAAUAGGCACGGGGUCAUCCUUAGCGCGUUCGAAGAAAUGGAGCGUCAGUUGAAGGAGAAGAAGGAACGGAGAGCUACGGUUGAAGCGGAGAGUUAG